AUUGCUUUAAACUUCAUGAAUAAUUCUAAGUUGACAAUAAGUUGCUAAACAUCAUGGAGUAAAUGUUUGAUGAAUAUUCUGAUAUGCAUUUAAUGUACGGAUUGGCAAGAUGUAAUGCUUCAAAAGCAUGAAGAUUUUACACUGACAGAUUCCCUAAUAGACACCUGCCUCAUUCAAAGACUUUCCAACGAAUCGAUCAGUGGUUACGAGAAACUGAAAACUGGCCAGCAAGCAAAAAAUACUUUUUUGGAGACCAUGUACGUUAUGUACAUCAAAAUAUGUUUGAAUACAAGAUUUUCACAGAGCUCAUCAGUUUAGUAAUGCUCGUUCGUAACAGUUAACAAGAUGUAAGAAUAAAAUAAUUGCAG